UUCAAAUAAAAAUGUUAAAAAAUACUCCCUCAAAGGUAACUCUAAAUUAUCAAGAAACCUAAGAAGAGACAGAUCCUGAGGGUUAUACUCUGAUUUAUGAAUAAGAAAUAAUGUGUUAAAUCAUAGUAGAUGAAGGAGAUUAAUAAUAAACAUAAGAAACUCUUAAUGUGAGAGUAUUUAUUUUAGGAAGUGAGCAGACACUUGAGAGAAUGAAAAUUGAAUUAAGUUGUGAAAAUGAUCUAUUUUUCCAUUUCAUUCAUGAGUAAAUUUAUUGAAUAACAAGUAGUAUAAAUGAAGCAGCAUUUUAAAAAAUCAAAGAUGGAUAGCAAUUGACAGCAUCUUUUAUUGAUUAUCCUGCCAUUUGUAUUAAGUGUCUAGAUAAGGCUCACAAAGACCCCAAUAAAUACAGUGCAGUGUUAAGAAUUACUUAAGAAGGCGAUGCUGUUAUUGAAAUAAUUUAGCACACAGAAUACAAAAAUGUUGAAUUAAUUCAAUUCUAAUUUUUCUCUUUGCCUGAAGAUGCUAUUCGUAUGGCGAUUACAAAAAAAUAUUAAAAAGUCAAACAAAGGUUAUCCUAGAUGGAAAAUAAACUUAAGGAUGUAUAGAUUUUGUAGUGAUUAACAUUUUAGAUUAAUGAUGUUGUUAAAGUAAAAAAUCCUCAACUGCUUUUACAAAUGCAAAGAAUGAACAGAUGA